UUUCUAUUCGAUUUGUCCUGGACCUUUGCAGCCCCCGCGGGGAGUUUGCGUCAAAAGCAAAGCAAGGGGCGCCGAACGGGGGACUAACAAGAGGCAGCUGAAGGUGGCAGGUGGCCAAGAAGAACGGGCACACAUCCCUAGAAAACCUAAGUUUAAAAAAACUUUUUUUUUCCCCGUCUGAAAACCGUUUGUUGACAUGGGCUAGAGCCCGAGGAGAAAACUCCAGAGAAAAGCUUCGAAGCGCUCGUUUUUUCUGAAAAGCCUCUCGGACGCCACAAAGGCCGCAGAGAGCGAGCGACCCGCCCCACCCGCCGCCGCCGCCCCCUCCUCUCGCCACAGGGCGAGGAAUGCGCGGCGGAAGGGCUGGGGCGGGAAAAGGGGCGCGCGCUGGCCGCUGCCCGGGGCAGCCGAAAGCCUUUCCCGCCUUCUUUCCCUGGAGGGAGCCCUGCGAGUGACGUGCGCGGCGCGGCUCCACGCCGGCCCCCGUGCAGCUCCUCCCGCCCCUUGCCCAGACAGGGGGAGGGAAGAGGGGAGGAGUGAUGUGCUGCUGGGGAGAGCCGGGCUGCGCGAGCCGAGAAGUGGCGACUGGAGGGAGCUGCCGCCUCCCCGCCUUCCUCGUCCGUACCUGAGCGGCAGGAGCCACAGCAGCAGCAGCAGCAGCAGCAGCAGCGAGGUCCGCUCGCUCCCCUGGCUCGGGCGGCGGCGGCGGCGGCGGCGCUGCUAGCCGAGGGGCGCCCGCUUCCCCGCUCGCCCAUGGCUUCCUCCGGCAGCGGCAUGGAGGAGGUGCGCGUCUCGGUGCUGACCCCGCUCAAGCUGGUGGGGCUGGUGUGCAUCUUCCUGGCGCUGUGUCUGGAUCUGGGAGCCGUGCUGAGCCCGGCCUGGGUGACAGCCGACCACCAGUCUUACCUCUCCCUGUGGGAGUCCUGCGAGAAACUCAACAACCCGGAGACCUGGCGCUGCAUAACUACCUUGAACAGCGACUGGCAGAUCGCUACACUUUCUAUGCUGUUGGGUGGUGCCGCCAUAAUUCUUAUAGCUUUCUUGGUUGGAUUAAUUUCUAUCUGUGUGGGAUCCCGGAGGCGGUUCUACAGACCAGUUGCUGUCAUGCUGUUUGCAGCAGUGGUUCUUCAGGUGUGCAGUCUCGUCCUGUAUCCAAUCAAGUUCAUCGAAACAGUAAAUUUGAGAAUAUAUCAUGAGUUCAACUGGGGCUAUGGACUAGCUUGGGGUGCAACUAUAUUUUCAUUUGGGGGUGCCAUAUUGUAUUGCCUAAACCCUAAGAACUAUGAAGACUAUUAUUAAAGGGAGCUACUUUAAAAAGCAGCAGAAGAAGAAAUAACACAAGGAUUGUUCUGUUUUUUCUAACUCUGUGUUUUUAGAACUUUUGUAGAUUGUCCAGCAGUCUGCCCUGUUGAUUUAUCAGCCUUUACUUUGGGCUACAACUCUUGCAAUUAACUUUUUUAACACCCCUUUAAAAGAAUGGCAAAAAUUACACCUGUUCAUCAGUACAUUAGCAAAUGCUAUAAGCUACUGAUACAUUACCUUUGGUAAGCAAAGAUCAGUACGACUCGAGGACGAAGGUGGCAGCAGUCGUCAUGAGAAACAAGCUGGAAUGAAAAUAUGGCACCUGCAUUUGCUGUCGCCUGCAAGGGAGUAGCUGGCCUAAGUAAAAGCUCCUUUGUAUUAUACAUGAUUCAAAUUCUCUAUUGGUCACUGAGUUACACCACUAUGUUGUAUUGGUGCACUGGGACUUUUGCUGAAACAAACUUCUAAAUGAUUGGAUGCUGAGAAAAGCGAACAUAGUUGAAAGUACAUAUUAAUCUGCUAUUUCCUGACAACACAAGUUUGUACAUUUGGCAAUCCACAUUUUCCAGCCAGCUGUGGUAUAUCAGGAAGUCAAAACUUGGAGCGCAUUCUUCUAAUUAUGUGGUUGGACUUUGUGUCUCGGCUGUAACCAAGUAUAAGCAGAGAAGGACACUGAAUCUGUUGACUCCCAUGAGAGAAUAAAAAGAAGAGAAUACAUGCAUGAGAUGUGCUAGUCCUGACCAUCUUUUGAUUUCCAAACACUGCAGUAAGGUUUCCAUAAGGAACAACUAUUUUUAUAGAAGGUGUUUAUUGGUAUUACUAUCAAGAGAAAACAUAGGUCAGCUCAACCUAUUCCUAACAGUGGGCUGAAACAGUAAAGGUUCGAAAUGAAUCUCGAUUUUCAAGAACUGUUUCUGAAUAUUGAGUAGUCUUCAAAAUAUUUUAAUGAAUCCUUUCCCAUAUGAAUUUAUUCUCAAAAUGCUUGAUUUAAAGCUUGAUGUGCCAGAUUAGGAUGGGGUGAACCAAGUGCUUGCAAAGUUAGAAAACAUGGCGUUGGCUUCAUUUAGAUGAUGAAGCUGGAUUCAACUACCUGUUCUGUUAGCAGAAACCAGCGCAAGGACUCUUGCUAAUGCAACAGGACUUUCCCCAUUCUCCAGUCCCUCCUCCAAAUCUAUUAUGGAGAGUUGGGAGAACCCCCAGAACAGCACGUGAUGGGAGACUGUCCUAUCAGGAAAGCAGAAAUGUUUGCACUGAUGGAACAAUCUCUUUAGCACUACAUGGAAUUCUACCCAUGGUUUAUUAUAACAGGAAUGAGCAUAGGCAACCCUCGCACUUGUGGGGGACCCCCAUGCCCUCUCCUCUUCUGCUUCAGCACCAUGAAGUGGUUUAAAAUCUUUUGAUAUGGCUUUUUAUUAACUGAGGUUUGUUGUCUUGUUAAAACCCAACAAAACGUAGUUAAUCCUAAUAAUGUUUCGUUCAAAACAAGCCACCUGCAAACUGUGGAUUAUGAAGCUGGUUCAUUUCAAUAAAUCAAAGUGAUAAUUAACCACAUUUUAGGUUAGACAUAACACUAAAGUGCAGUUAAUCAAAAUAUCAGUUCAUCUGAUAUCACAGCUACACCAGAGAAGAGGGCUUCACUUUGGCUUUUUCACAUCAUGAUAAACCGUGGUUAAUCAUGAUGUCCAAAUGCAGCCAUGAUAUCUAUUUGGCAGAGGCACUAUGGUAAUGAUACAGUUAUGUAUAUAAAAAGGCCAAUGUAAUGAUAUCUUCUUUAAUAUUGUUUUAAACUGAAAACUUCUAUAGAAAUUAAUAUGAUACUAAGAUGGAGUAGAAGAAAAAUAUCUAAUUUCCUAAUGGUAGCGAUUGGCUCAAAAAACAUAUACUGAUAGGUGGGUCCCAAUGGAGGGAAGUUAUUACAGAGUUUUAUUGGUAAAUGAAAUCAUUAAAAUAAAUAAUGCUUUCUAUUACACAAAUAAAAGUUCCUGAAGAAGAAGAAAAAUAUACUAAUGUGGCAAAUUGCUGUUUCACUUAUAUUUUAUUUUUAAAAGUAAUCCAGUGAACACAUGUUUUCUGUAGGAGACUAGCUGUUACGAAAAUUAUAAUUUAACAGUAUAGUAUCAGUAUCACUGUUUUCUCCUCAAAAUGUAAUGGAUUGGCUGACAAUUAUUUGCAUUUAUCUCAAGUUCUUAAGUUGAGUAUCUUAAGUAUCUUAAGUUAUUUCUUACUUAAAUUUUGCAGAAAAUAUAUAAAGUAUUUAAGACCCAAGAUUAAUAUCUGGGGUAGAAAAUUUAAAUUGAUUUACACAAUGUAACAUUUAUUUUUGUUUACAAUCAGCUUAUUGGGUAUUUUCAAUUCUGAAAAUAUUUUUAUACAGUGUAUACAAUUCUAAGAUACAUAUUUAGAAACAAUUAUUUUUGUUAAAUGGAAAUUAAGAUAUAUCCUAGCAUGGAUUUUCUUUAAGAGCACAGUCCUCAAAACUAUAGAACUAUAGUUCUUUAAUGUUAAGACCUUAGAAGUAAUUUUAAUUACAGCAAAUCAGAGAGAGAUUAAAGGUGUGUUUUAUAAAUCAUAAAACCAUGAUAAAUAUGUUUACCCAUGCCAUUAUUAAAAAUGCAAUAUUGUUUUAUAAAAAAUAAACUGUACUCUGAUCUGUGUGCAAACAUAGGUUUGUGCAUGAGGCAGAGGGAGCAGUAAGAACAAGCACGUUCAGGAGCAAGAAUGCAUCUGUGGUGAUCCUGUACUUCAGGGCUGGAAAAACCACAGCCUUCCAGAUGUUGAUGGACUAUAGCUCUCCCCCUUCCUGACCAUUGACCACACUGGCUGGAGUUGGGAGUCCAGCAACAUCUGAAUGGCCACAGGUUUCCCCACCCCUGCUACAUUACACAUACACUGGCAGAACAGACUUAUUAAUGUGGUCAGCUCCCUCUUACCCUUCAUCCUGCAACAGAUGCCAACUAUGGUGGUAGGUAGCUGAUGGAGUACAAUAAGACAAAAAAUAAUAAUUAUCUGUAUGUAGCUAUUAAUUCAUCCAAGAAGGAUAGAAGGUGUUUAGAAUGAAAAGGAGAAUCACUGAAUGUGCAGCACAGGUAGCAAAGGAUAAAGGGAUUUUGGCAACUGAGACUGGAAUGUACAUUCACAGGUGACUGAAGCUUAAAUAAGCCAAAGGAUUUUGAAUAGGGUUUAGCAAGUAUGGUGGCAUAUUAUUAUUAUAUUCUGGACUGGGAUGUUAGGCUAUUGUUUGGCUCUGCAGAGUUGUAAAUAUAUAUGUGAUAAUAUAAAAUUUGGAGCUUAUGGCAUUGGUAAGCCCAGUAGUGGCCACCAUUUUAAAUGAUUGUGCCAUUUUUUUCAUUCUAUAAUAUAAGAUACUUCUAUUUCUGUGCACACUCCUAUAUGCACUAGAGCCCAGUGACAAUGCUUUGUAUGAUGAAAGGCAUAAGUUCGUUCAUGUACAGCAGGGAUGGGAAACCUGUGGCCUUCUGGAUGUUGUGGGACUUCAGAUGUGAUCAGCUUCAGCCAGGGGUCAUUGGGGUUGUGGUCCAACAACAUUAGACGUGCUGAGAAAGAUUUAUGGCUAAGAGUUUGGAUACCAGCCGCCAGAAAAGAUAGUACAAAAGGCAGGUUCAUCUUUUUAUAAGCAGUUGCCAGUGUGGGGCUUUCAUUUUAUUUCAAGCUGUAAACAGUGGCAACUUGUAGCUGAAGUGAAGACCUGACUCUGUUCCAUAGGUUUAACUUCCUUUGACAACUUGUGCCACAGAGUCCUGCUGUUUGUGUGAUUUGAUUUACCACACAUUACAUACAGGUUUGUCACUGUGCCCAUGGUUUAGAUCGGUGGGGAAAUAGUUUGGUCUUCUUGACCAGAUACUCCAGCUUCCAUUGAAAGAAAAUGGAGAUGACAGUGACAAACUGACAAGGUUGAUCGGUUUAUGAAUCACUGAGAUGUGAACCCAGGAUUGUUAUUAGUAUUCUUUUAGUACUAUAGCAUUGCAUUCAAAGUUAGAGAAGACCCCUUAAAAUUAAUUGACAAAACUAUUUUAGCUGUGUUAAAUUCUGUGGGUCUACUCUGAGUAUGGCUUAAUUGGAUACAGCUCAGUAAUUUUACUGUGUUUUUGUAACAUAGCAAUCAGAACACUUAACUAUAGCAUGAGUACAAUGUUUUUGAGUCUUUACCAUAAGAAAUCCAGGGGGGGGAAUUAAGGAAUGAAAAAGAUUACAUCUUGCCCCACCCUGUUGUCCCUGUUACCUCAGUGCAGAUUUUAAUGCUUCAUUUACACCUUCUUUGAAACAUUGACAGUUCUACCUUGCAUAGGAUUUCUGUACUGAAUUAUAAUGCACAUCAGAAAUACCCUUUUCUAUCUACAGGAUUAGACACUUUAGUGUUUGAUUGUAUGUGUAAAAGAUCACAUUUUAAUGUAUGAUUAUCAUUAUUGUAUUGAAUUGUUAGCACUCAGUUGUAUUUGGCUUUAUGUCACUAACAGGAUGAAUUCUCACACUACACAUAUAUUGUUUUAACUUGCAGAUGCGCGUGCACACACAUAAAACUAUAUAUAGCAAAGCUGCAACCAGGGCUAGAUAUUUGUAUUUUUAAAGCUUAAAGUAUUCUGUCCGGUGCUGACAACUAUCUAGGACCUCUCUUGGAUUUCCUGCACAACUACGUUCAGCUUUUGUAAGCUCAACAUGUAAAUUUUAAAGACAUAAAUAUAGAGAGAACUAUGUGUUUGAAAUAUAAGUGAGAGAUAUAUAGAUAUAUAUAUAUAUAUAUGGAUUAGCAUGUAAACUGUAUAUUAUUAAACAUGCAAUGAACUGACUGAUAAAGUGAAGUUUAAUCUUAUGGCUAGCAAUGUAAUUUAUUCAGACUGUAUUUUUGUACAGAACAGUGCACACUAACCUAUUGCCUCUGUGUCCUCUAUAAUGCCUAAAACUGUGCCUAGAGAUUUCAUUUCUGUCUCUUGACAAUGAACAAUGAAGGGUUCUUCAUGCUGUUGAUGGUAUUAGUUUCUUUAAUGUUUUUAUAAUUUAUUUUUUUUCUAAAUGUAUGCUAUGUUUUAUUAAACAAUCCAUCAAAAUGUGGUUUAUCUUAGUCAUGGGAAAAGCUGUAAAUGUACUUUUUUAAAAGAAAAAGAAGAAAUCAAAACUUGAUGGGUGGUUCCCCCCCCCUUUCAGUUCGUAGUAUUACCAUUUCACAACUUUUGUAGCUAACAUUAGGUUGUAUGUUGAAAAAGUAAUCCAAAUAAAAAAAAUCCUGAUACAUAAAUGUAA